AUGCACCUCUUCGUCCCGCGAAGCGCGAGAGAGGAGCUCAAGGCGCUAGGACCGGAGUUCCAGAAGGCGUACAACUUCGCAAUUGGGCACUGCAGAGGGCUCCCGCCACCCCGGAACGAAAAUCAAGCGGGGGGGUCGGGGUCGGGAUCGGACGAGGAGGGAGGAGGGGGAGGGGGCGGAGAGAAAGGGCCAGACCCAGCCAAAGAAAUUGUCGCGGCGAUCGGGGCAGACAACGAGGGGAAGUACUUGGUCGCCUCACAGGAUGAGAACCUGCGGGUGCGCCUGCGGAGGAUUCCGGGCUGUCCGCUGGUGUUUGUGUCACGGACGGUUCUGGUGAUGGAGCAGCCGUCGGGGAAGAGCAAGGCCGAGUUCGAGAAAGCCGAGUGCCGAUGA